AUGCUGCGUCCCUUCUUAAUUUGCCUGCUAGCUCGGCGCCCUAGUGCUCGUGGUGCGGGGAGGGACGGCGGUGGGAUGACGCACGGCAGGCAGUCACAGCGGUGCCUGCGCUCUCUCCCCGUGCUGUUCCUGCACUCUCUCGCCUGCCAGCCUUCCCUCUGUUCUGCCCCCUUGCAGCCCACUCGUGAUGCAGCAGGCGAAGCGGAGGGGCACACUGAGGAGCAGCAAGAGCGGCAGCAACAGCACGGGGAGCCACAAGCGGCAGAGAACAUGAGGCGGCCGGUUCAUCCCUCCCUAGGCCUUACAGCCGCCUCCCUCAGGUUUAUUGGAAAUGGGAGGGAUGCAGCACUGCAGCGGAGGAGGAUCGCUGCUGCGGGGGAGGGUAUGGGGCUGGUCUGGUCGUGCCCUUUCAAGCUAGGCGGUUCUUCAGGUACCAGCUACGUGACUUCUCGUGGGGCUGACCCUCUCCUUCUGCUCAUGCAGGGAUGGCAGUGA